AGAGAGAAAGAAGAGUUUAAGUCUUUACAAAAAAAAAUUGAUCAUAUUUGCAAAGAUUGAUAGAAUGUUGAAUGAUGGAGAAGGAGUUGAUCAUUAUCAACCAAUUAGUUCAGGUUCUUUUCUUGUGCCUCAUUUACCACUGAUAGAAGAAGCAAGAGAGAGAAAGGUAUUAAGCAUUUUGGACAUGAACAUCCGUUGAAGUUCAAGGAAGAUGUUAGAAAUGGAUCUAAAGAUGUAUUGGAUUGCAAUGGUUGUGGUAUUGAAAUUGCAGGAAGUGGGUUCAGUUGUUGUAUAGAAAAAUGCAAUGGUUAUAAUCUUCACGAAGUUUGUGCAUCUUUACCCAAAGAGAUGAAGGACCAUCCACAACACCCACAACAUCCUUUAAUCCUCUACACACACUCACCUUAUCCUCAUCCCAUCUCUUAUGCCGGUUGUGAUGUUUGCAAAAGUAUCUGCCAGUCCAUGACGCCAUUCUUCUAUCACUGUGCAGUUUGCAAGUUUGACGUGGAUCUAAGAUGCGCAUUCAUGUCAUUUCUCGUUUGUCCUCGCACUCUACACAACCACGAAUUGACUGCUCAGCUAUACCCGGCAUCAUAUUUUUGUAAUUGUUGUGGUGAGAAACAUAGAGAAUUAGGUAUGUCCUAUCAAUGCAAGAUCUGCUGGUUCUGGAUCCACGAGAAAUGCUACUCACUGCCUCAAAGUAUUGAACAUGACAGUCAUGUGCAUCGACUUAACUUAUGUCAUCUACAGGGAGAAGUUUUACCUGAAUGUCUAUGCGGCGUUUGUGAGGAAUAUAUAAACAAGCAAUUGGGUUUCUAUGUUUGUAAGAGUUGUGAAUACUAUGUUCACAUUACAUGCUCAAUUAAGAAAUGGGAUCCUCCAAUAAUUGAAGAAGAAGAAGAUCAAAUAAAUGACAAAUUGAUUCAAUUUCCGUUGCCUUCGACUGAGGUAGUACAUAACAUGCUAGCCCAAUUUAUUAAAAAUAUAUGUCAAUGGAAGGACGAGGACGAGGAAGAUAAAAACGGUGAUAUCCUGAAUCACCCCAGUCAUAUUCAUCCACUUACCCUUGAGUUUGAUUUAAGUAAAUUUACAAACUUUAACUAUAGCAACACAAGUAGACGUGACUAUGAAGUCUGCAAUGGGUGCAUGCUUCCUCUUUUGAAUGAUGCACCCUUUUAUAGUUGCAACCUGUCGACAUGUAAUUUCGUUUUACACAAAUGGUGUGCCAAAUUGCCGCGUAAGUUAAAGCACCCGGAUCCGGCUCACACAUACAUAGGACACACACUACUCCUACAAGAAAAAUGUUUUAGCAUCUUUAGAUGCAAAGGUUGUCAGCAGUUAGGGAAUGGGUUUGCCUACAAAUGCAAUGCAUGCAAAGGAUACUACUUGGACGUUAGAUGCGCUGCACUUCCCAGACGAGUCAAUCACGAAACUCACAAACACCCUCUCCUUCUUAAGUAUGGGAGAUCCAUAGGAGGUUGCAUCUCAUGUGGUGUUAGCAAUUUCUUUGAAGACUGCAAAAGUAUGAUUUCUAACUAUAGCACUAGCGUUUUAGAUUGUCCGACCUCCUUCUCAUUUGGUUGUGAUGCUUGUCAUUUUAGCAUUCAUCCAAAAUGUUUAAUACUGCCUCGAGAAAUUGUAUAUUGGUACGACGAACAUGGAUUCAAAUUGUCAGAUUUAACUCAUAUUUUGUCUGGUAAUGGUAAUGAUAAUCAAGGUGCAUCAGCAUAUCAUUGUGAAUUUUGUAAAAAGGAAGUAUAUCAAGAAAGAUGGAUCUACCACUGUUUUGAAUGUGACCAGUGUGUUGAUGUUGAUUGUGUGCGAGAGUUGUUAGGUCUAUUUCCAAAUCCUCUCAAGUUUGGCGGAUUAUAUGGUUCUCCGUAUCACAAACAUCCCCUAACGUGCAUUAUGACUUACCCAAGAUUUGUGUGCGAGCAUUGCCAUAAAUUAUUUUGUAAUAUAUUUAGGAUUGGCUUUGAAUGUACAGAAUGCAAAAUUAGGUUUGGUGUGAGAUGUAUUUUUCUUUUUUUAGAGUAAUAAUAAUUUCAUUAUAAACUUUAUGUUAAUGUUAUAUA